CGUAACCGUCAACAACGACGACGACGACGACGACGACGAUGAGAACGAGAAGCUGUCCGCUUUAAGAUCAUGCACCGGAUUUUUCGCAAACGGUUAAGAGAUCAGACCACGACACCCUGCUAAAUAUCGCCGGCUCACUUCCGAAUAAUUUGCUUUUCCGCGGCAUCGCCGUGACUUUUGAAUAGGUCUUAGGAAUGAGGGAGCGAGCUUUGGCGAGGGUUUCGCGGUGGUGGUUGAUCUUACUCUUCGUGGUGGUGCGCGUCGAGGGUACGCAAACUCCUUCGUCGUCCUCGAUCUCUGGAAAGAGAUCUGCGACGGGGAUAGAAUGUGCCGCGGGUUGCGAAUGCACGAAGAACGAGGAAAGUCUCUUCUGCGAGUCACGCAGUUUCCUUGGUCUUGGGAUACCGCAAGAAGCGGACACCGUUAUCCUGAGGAAUGUUCAAGCUGCCGCGAUUCCAGUCGCGGCAUUGGAAACCUCUGCUGCACUGAGAAGUCUCAUCUGGACGUCCAGUGGAAUCGAAAGGAUAGAGCCUGGUGUAUUUCGAGCGACGGAAUCUCUCGAGAGCCUCAACUUAGGUGAUAACAGGCUGGCAGAACUGCCAUCGGACGUCUUCCACCCGUUGCACCGACUACAGUACCUGAAUCUCACCGGUAAUCGGUUGAUCACCCUGCCGCAGGUCCUCUUUCAGGGCCUCGAUAGUCUCCACGAGAUACGUCUAGCGACAAAUCAUUUGUCUGUACUGCCCUUCCAAGCAUUCGGUCCAGUAAGAGGAUUACUCCGUUUGGAUUUAAGCGAAAAUUUGUUGGUGUCUCUGCCGGAUCAUAGCUUUAGACCCAAUAAACAAUUGGAGGAACUCCGAUUAUCCGCCAACAGACUCACGAAGUUACCCUCGAGACUUUUCUCCGGUCUCGCUCUGUUAAAAGUGCUCGAAUUAGCCGACAACGAGAUCGAUGUACUGCCACGUGGUCUUUUCGCCGAACUCGCGUCCCUGGAAUACUUGGAUCUAGCUGGCAAUCCCGUCAUUCGUCUAACCAACACGGCCUUUCAAGGUCUCUCCAGUCUGCGAUGGCUCAAUCUCGAGAGGUUACCGAUCUCCAAGCUACCUGAAGAUCUUUGGCGACCGACUAGCAAACUGAGAACUCUUUUACUGUCCAGCACUCAAUUGGAGAUACUUCGGGAUGAGAAUUUCGCAGGGUUGUUGGAGCUGGAGACUCUCGAAUUGACAAACAGUCCAUUGCGCGAGAUCGCUCGACACGUGUUGGACGAUACGCCGUCCCUUCGAAGGAUAGAUUUACGGGACAACGAUUUAGCUUUCCUUCCAGCCAACGUUGCUCAACUACCAUAUCUUGGAGAACUGCAGCUUCAAGGGAAUCCAUGGGCCUGCGAUUGUCGCAUGUUCUGGUUUGUAAAAUGGGCGGAAAGCAGAACUCAUUUACGUGCAGCCUUCAAAAGUGGCCUCAGGUGCGGACACGAGAUCGACGGUACCAUCAAUACCUUGCAAACUCUUCGUUAUCUAAAUUGUACACCACCGACCCUGGCACGAGUUUCUUUCACCAAUCAGUAUCUAUUGCUAAGUUCGGUUCUACUGGAGUGCGAGUUUAAUGGCAAUCCGGCGCCGUCCUUGGCUUGGGUCACUCCAAAGCUCAAGGUUCUUCACUGGAACCCCGAUCCGGCAUUCCCUGAUGCAUUUGUAGAGCAUCCUCACGUACACGGAUGGAAACUGGACGAACCGGUCGACGACGAUGGGAGGAUACGCAUUCUGGAGAAUGGCUCUUUGUACAUUAGCAAACUACUCAGGCAAGACGUUGGGCUUUACAGAUGCUUCGCUGUUAAUCCUAUAGCGAAUACAACAGCCUACAUUAUGUUGGAAAUGGAUCCUAUAACACUUCAUAACAUCCAAAUCUUCAGUAUAGUAGUGGGUGGAGUCAGCGCAACGGCCUUCCUCCUGUUGACCCUAUUUUUGCAGUUGAUUCGAUACUUUUUCCUGAGGUGCGGUUGUAUAAAAUGGUGUCUUUGCUGCAGGCGCGUGGGUGCGACACCAAGAGCAAAACAAAUUUAUCAGAUGUUGGAUAACAUAGAGCAGUAUAAGAGUCAACAAUUGGAGCGAUUGCGUGAAAAUUAUACUCAACAAGUGCACAGGAUCAAGGACAACUGUGUUCAGCAAGUGGAAUGGAUUCGGGACAGUUACGAGGGUCAGAUGAGACACAUACGCGACAUCAGGGACUAUGGUACCAGUCAUCUCACCGCGCUAAGAGACCAGUAUUACGAUCAGGUGAAGAGAGUGCGAGAUUACUCAACAAGUCAGCUUAAUUGGGUCCGAGAAAAUUACGUCUUCCAACGGAAUAAAAUUCGCAAGUUCAGUGCUCAUCAGGUAUUGCGGCUAAGGGAGAGCUACAAAUAUCAACAGCAAACGUUAAACAAAGUGUUGGAAAAUCUACCGAAUCUUUAUUUCGACAAUUGUCGAAGUGGUUCCUGUGGAAAGAGCGAUUCCGUUGUUUUUGAGAAUAGUAAAGAAGAUGGUUACGGAGGACCAGAUACGUACUUCAAAGCAAAGAUCAACGAUAUGACGGCGGGUACUAGUUUGGAAGAUAUGAACAGCGAAUAUUAUACACCCACGGAAUUAUCCUCUCUCAGUCCACACGGUAUAAAUAUAUUGGAAGGUAUUCAUAUAAAUUAUAUCGAAAACAACGGACCAAGGGCACCGCUGCAAAUCAUACUUCCCCCGCCUUCCCCGGUCAUAUUGCAUUGCAUCGAGGAAUACGGAAGUUCUACGUCCGUUUGCAAUGAGUUCGAUCAGAGUAAACCGGUUUACAGAGGUUCAAGCGCUGAGAUACUGGCCGGAGAAUCGCAAAACGUACCGGAGGUUCUUGGACUACUCGCUCCAUGCACCAGUUUACCAGAACUUCCACGCGAGACUAAACUCUAGCCUAUCAAAAUCGAGCGGUGUGCAAGCAGCAAAACCACUACAAGGAAGCAACGCGACUUUUCAUUCAACGAUGGAAUUGACGCGAGGGUGUAUUUUGCUUGGUGAACAUUAGAUAUAUGAAAUAAUAAAUAAUAAUAAUAAUAAUAAAUAAUAAUAAUAAAUAAUAAUAAUAAUAAUAAAUAAUAAUAAUAAUAAAUAAUAAUAAUAAUAAUAAUAAUAAUGAUGAUAAUAAUAAUAGUGAGAAAAAAGAUUAAAUGGAAGCUGUGCUUUCGUAAUGGCCAUUGUUCAAAGUUGUUCCGUGGCGCUAAAUCGCGUUACCCUCAUCAAGAAUUCGAAUGGCGGAAGUUGCUCCCCGACUUUGAGAGAGAAAAAGAGAGACAUCCGACAACAUUCGAGGUGAACGAACUUCAGUGCCAAGGAACCAAACAAUUUCUCUGUUCUUUUUGUUUCUUCCGUGCGUUCGAUGAACGUCGAAUUCGUGUAAUAUGUGCGCGAUACUUUUAUGGGGACGUUCAAGGGAAAAUGAAAGAAAA